AUGGCCUCUGCCCAAGAUGCCAGGUAUGGCCAGAAAGACUCCUCUGAUCAGAAUUUUGACUACAUGUUUAAACUGCUCAUCAUUGGCAACAGCAGUGUGGGGAAAACAUCUUUUCUGUUCCGUUAUGCGGAUGACUCCUUUACCUCUGCAUUCGUCAGCACAGUUGGGAUCGAUUUCAAAGUAAAAACCGUAUUCAAAAAUGAAAAGAGAAUCAAGCUUCAGAUUUGGGACACAGCAGGCCAGGAAAGAUACAGGACUAUCACCACAGCUUAUUAUCGUGGGGCCAUGGGCUUUAUUUUAAUGUAUGACAUCACAAAUGAGGAAUCCUUCAAUGCGGUACAGGAUUGGUCAACUCAAAUCAAAACAUACUCUUGGGAUAAUGCCCAGGUUAUCCUGGUUGGGAACAAAUGUGACAUGGAAGAUGAGCGAGUCAUCUCAACCGAGAGAGGCCAACAUUUAGGAGAACAGCUUGGUUUUGAAUUUUUCGAAACAAGUGCCAAGGAUAAUAUUAAUGUCAAGCAGACAUUUGAGCGUCUUGUGGAUAUCAUCUGUGACAAAAUGUCAGAGAGUUUGGAGACCGAUCCGGCCAUCACUGCCGCAAAGCAGAACACAAGACUCAAGGAAACCCCUCCUCCACCGCAGCCCAACUGUGGCUGUUAA